AUGAAGACUAAGACCCUUUAUGAUUUUAUAAAGUUGCAAGACGGUAUCUUGAAUGUUCCCUUACGUCAUGAUGUAUAUCCCACAUUAGUUAACCAAUCAUGCCAUUUUUUAUUUAGCAGUAGAGAGCUAAAGCUUAAUUUUAUUGAGCAAAUUAAAGGUAAGGGCACAGUGUUGUUAAACUGCGGCCAAGAAGAGUACUGUAAUAAUGGACCCACCAUCAUUCGAAGCGUAAGUUCAUUUGAAAACUUAUUACUCUUUUUGCAAAGUUUGUUGACUGAAUACCUAGAUUAUGAAUUACGAAAUUUAGUUAUUGACAACAUAUCAGUCUUUUAUUGGGAGCUUAAAGUGCUACACCUGAUGAGCUAUAAAAGUAUUGGAUACAGAUCUGAUUCUUCAAAUCAAAGUUAUAAAAGAUUCCUUGAUCUCUUGGAACAAUUGAAGGAGAAGUUUAAAUGUAAUAUCGUUAUAACUUCAUGGGAUGUAACUUUUGACAAAGGUUACAAUUACAAAGGCAAGGAAGAUAUUGUUCCGAAAGAUAUAUCGUCUCUUUCAUAUUUAUCCCCGAUGUAUUUAUUCUGGUGCGAUUACAUUUUGCAUGCAGAUGAUUACUCUGACAAAUACUUCGAUAAGACAAAUCAUAGAUGGGUUGUCAUAGGAAAAGAAAACAAUUAG